CUAGUAUAUACACUAAUCUUUAGCGGUAGUAAUGUCCUAAACGUCGCGAAGAUAGGCGAAGGCAAGAGCCUAGUAUUUACGGCAUUUACAUACCUAACUAGCUUAAUAACACUCUAUUUUACACUACUUAACCGCCUUAGCGAGGAAUAG